GUAUCUGGGUAUUACCAUUAGGGAAAAUGUCUAUUCUGUGAAGUACGCGUGUGCAAUAACUCAAUUUGCUUUUGCAAUCCUUCUAAACAACGCGAUUUUUAAAAACGUUUGCAAAGGGUAAAGUCUACAAAACUUAGUCCACUCUGUUCAUAACAGAGUGUCGGCCAAAAUCCAUCUUGUUUCAUCCUUCUGCCGCUGCCGUUCAGUGGUCUUCCUCUCACUACAUUUAUACAUCCGGUUAAAUAUCUGUCUCAUUGUUCUAUCUGUGCGUUUCAAGAGUGAAAGGAAGAGCAGUACGGACAGACAGAUCAAGUUAAGAUAAUACGACUUUUGAUCUGGUAUUUGACGACCCUCUCAUCCAAACCUGAUGUUUGUGACUAGUUUGUUUAUUUUCUGUCUUGGUUGAUAUCGUAACAGUAUUGUGCGAGGCGAGAAGGAUCGGAGGACCAAUGUACAGCGUGGGUCAGUGAAAUACAGUCAGUCAUGAACAAUAAGGAGGUGAAAAUCUUAGCACCUUUAAGUAGGCCUCAAGAGGACCUCUUGUCAGAUGCAAUGGGAAACUACUCAGCCACGGGAGGCGAACCAAACACACUUCCUACAGACGUUAACAAAGACGCUAACAUUCAAGAAUCAAUUCAAGAUGUAAACAAACUUCCCACCGACAGCGAGAAAUCAUCCAAGCUUUCAAGCAAGGCUGUCAUUAAGGUGGGGAAUGCAGAUGACAUGGAGACCUAUGAGCAGAAUAACAUCCAGCAGGAACCUCCAAAAGAGUCGAAGAUGGAGAAGUUCUUCACCAUUCUGACUGGGAAUACUCUGGGGUCUCAUGAGGAAAUAAAUCGCCGGCUCACUGAAAAUGGUUUAACUAAGGUGACGUCAUUGGAGGAGAGUGAUGUCAUCAUGGCUUUCUGUCCCAUUGUCUCUCGUGCUGGGACUGAUAUUGAAGCAGCACUGCAGCAGAUUCCUGCUGGUAAACCUGUCAUUCUGGUAGUACUGCAUCACACCUUCAACCCAGACUACACUGUACCUGACAGCAGCAGACUAGUGACCAGAGGUGAUGUAAUACUCACAGUGGACUGUCUCUUCCAUGAGAGGCAGGGACUAUUGGAGUGUCAUCACAAUGAAGCAGCAGUCAAAACGAUUGUGAACAUAAUACCGCCAGAGAAUGACUGGGAGAUUAUUAAAGACAGUGAAGUCAGUGAAGCCAGUGAAGCCCUUGAGCAUAAAAACCUGGAGCAGGAUUCUCCAAAAGUGCCAAGGAUAGCUCUACUAGUUAUUGUAGCAGGGAAUACUCUGGGGUCUCAUGAGGGCAUAACACAGCAACUAACCACAACCAGUAGCGUAACUGGGGUGAAAUCACCAAAGGAGAGUGAUUUCAUCAUGGUUUUCUGUCCCAUCGUCUCUCGUGCUGGAACUGAUAUUGAAGCAGCACUGCAGCAGAUUCCAGCUGGUAAACCUGUCAUUCUGGUAGUACUGCAUCACACCUUCAACCCAGACUACACUGUACCUGACAGCAGCAGACUAGUGACCAGAGGUGAUGUAAUACUCACAGUGGACUGUCUCUUUCAUGAGAGCCAGGGACUAUUGGAGUGUCAUCGCAAUGAAGCAGCAGUCAAAGAGAUUCUGAAGAAGCUUAAUAUACAUCCUGAGAUUGCAGUUUCUUGCUUUGGCCCUCAUAUCAUCUCGCAGUUCUCAACUGAAGUUUACCAAUUGUUUAAGUCAGUUCUAACUUCAUGUUGGCAAUGGGUGGGUUGGCCAGAGUGGCCGAGUCUUACCUCAACCACUGCAACAGAUGAAGUGCCUGUUUGCGAUCAUGAAGUGCAACAUUAAGAUGAAGCACAUUGCUCCCCAGCCUUUAAGUUGUAAUAAUGAGUGAAUAAGUGGAUUGAAGUCUGAUUUUGAAAAAUGUCUAUUCAUAGUCAAAACAUUUGACAAUUUAACCCUAGAAAUAUAACUAACUAUAAGCGUUAGAAUAUGCACUUAUAGCCUAAGUGAGUCUGGAACAACUAAAGUGUGUUUUGUCAAAAUUGCUUAAUAAUGAACUCCAUUAAUGUGGAUAAGUAUAAAGAUAAUGUAAUAUAAUGCUUGAGACAACUUUUGAUGGGAGUAUAAAUAAAUAUACACUACCUGCCAACAGUUUUAGAACACCUACAUUCAAGGGUUUUUCAAUAUUUUUACUAUUUUCUACAUUGUAGAAUAAUAGUGAAGACAUUAAAACUUUGAAAUAACACAUAUGGAAUCAUGUAGUAACCAAAAAUCAAAAUAUAUUACAUUUUUUGAAAUAAUUCAAAGUAGCCAACCUUUGCCUUGAUGACAGCUUUGCACACUGGCAUUCUCUCAACCAGCUUCACCUGGAAUGCUUUUCCAACAGUCGAAGGAGUUCCCACAUAUGCUGAGCACUUGUUGGCUGCUUUUCCUUCACUCUGCAGUCCGACUUAUCCCAAACCAUCUCAAUUUGGUUGAGGUCCGAGGUCGGGGGAUUGUGGAGGCCAGGCCAUCUGAUGCAGCACUCCAUCACUCUCCUUCCUUACACAGCUUGGAGGUGUGUUGGGUCAUUGUCCUGUUGAAAAACAAAUGAUAGUCCCACUGAGCCCAAACCAGAUGGGAUGGUGUAUCGCUGCAGAAUGCUGUGGUAGCAAUGCUGGUUAAGUGUUAAGUGUGCCUUGAAUUCUAAAUAAAUCACAGACAGUGUCACCAGCAAAGCACCCCCACACCAUAACACCUCCUCCAUGCUUUACAGUGGGAACCACACAUGUGGAGAUCAUCCAUUUACCCACACUGCGUCUCACAAAGACACGGCGGUUGGAACCAAAAAUCUCCAAUUUGGACUCCAGGCCAAAGGAUACAUUUCCACCGGUCUAAUGUCCAUUGCUCGUGUUUCUUGGCCCAAGAAAGUCUCUUCUUAUUGGUGUCCUUUAGUGUUGGUUUCUUUGCAGCAAUUUGACCAUGAAGGCCUGAUUUACGCAGUCUCCUCUGAACAGUUGAUGUUGAGAUGUGUCUGUUGAUGUUGAGAUGCAUUUAUUUGGGCUGCAAUUUCUGUGGCUGGUAACUCUAAUGAACAUAUCCUCUGCAGCAGAGGUAACUCUGGGUCUUCAUUUCUUGUGGCGGUCCUCAUGAGAGCCAGUUUCAUCAUAGUGCUUGAUGGUUUUUGCGACUGUACUUGAAGAAACUUUCAAAGUUCUUGAAAUGCUCCGUAUUGACUGACCUUAAUGUCUUAAAGUAAUGAUGGACUGUCAUUUCUCUUUGCUUAUUUGAGCUGUUCUUGCCAUAAUAUGGACUAGGUAUUUUACCAAAUAGGGCUAUCUUCUGUAUACCCCCCACCUAGUCACAACACAACUGAUUGGCUCAAACACAUUAAGAAGGAAAGAAAUUCCCCAAAUUAACUUUUAAGAUGGCACACCUGUUAAUUAACUAAAAUGCAUACCAGGUGACUACCUCAUGAAGUUGGUUGAGAGAAUGCCAAGAGUGUGCAAAGCUGUCAUCAAAGCAAAGGGUUGCUAUUUGAAGAAUCUCACAUAUAAAAUAUAUUUAGAUUUGGAUUUAUUUUACACUUUUUUGGUUACUACAUGAUUCCAUAUGUGUUAUGUCAUAGUUUUGAUGUCUUCACUAUUAUUCUGAAAUGUAGAAAAUAGUACAAAUAAAGAAAAACCCUUGAAUGAGUAGGUGUUCUAAAACUUUUGACCGGUGGUGUGUAUAUAAAUAAUAUACUUUAUUAUGAUACAUACUGUGAUUUUGCAAACACAGGGUUGAUCAUAAUCAUGUGGCAUUUCAAUAUAGCUGAAAUUGUAUUUUUGUUGUUGUUGCAUUACCACAUUAUCUUGAAGUGUUUUGGCCCAAUGGCAACCCUGGCACUUGGGUGUGGAAUAAAGAGAAAUAUAACUACUCUCACAUCAACAGCUGUAACCUACUAAGCCCACGUGGCAUAUAAGAUAUUAUUCAAGAAUCAAUAGAUAUCAGGUUUGAAGGUAAGACCCAGGUUCAGACAAUGUUGAAGUAACAAAAGUGUAUUAAAUUGAACACAGGCAGGCAAAGGUACAGGACGGCAGGCAGGCUCAGGGUCAGGGCAGGCAGAGGUCGGUAAUCCAGAGUAGUGGGGCAAAGGUACAGGACGGCAGGCAGGCUCAGAGCAGGCAGAAAGGUCAAAACCGGGAAAACUAGGAAACGGGCACUAUAGACAGGACAGGAGCAAGGGGGAAACCGCUGGUAGGUCUGAAUGAACAAAACGAACUGGCAAUAGACAAACUGAGAAGACAGGUAUAAAUACACAGGGGAUAUUGGGGAAGAUGGGGGGGGUGGAGACACUCACAAAGACAGGUGAAACAGAUCAGGGUGUGACAAGGGGCCUAUUAAAAGGACUAUUCAACAGCAUUGAAUAUCUCAGAUUGUACAUUUUGAUAAAAAUGAAUUAACACA